CAUAUUUACUUACCCCUGUCACGACAAAGACGAGAGUAUUGGAUGGCACGGGUUCGGCAACUCCAACCUGAUAGCCGAGCCGAACCCAAUUAUUUCCCACUUUGGCCGUGAUAUCGGCUUCCCGAGCAUUUAAUGUGAGCUGUUCGAUGAUAGUUAAAGGCCUGUUGGAUAUCUUGACGGUGAGCAGUCUAAUUUAACCAGCCACCUACCUCGCAACCCUGGCAUCCUGGUGAUUGAACCCCUCGCGGCCUUGCGCAAUCUCUGCCCAGUAAAUCUUCCUCUCCAAAUAUCCCAUUCUAUUCUCGUACGAAUUGCUCCAAUCAGCACCUGCAGAGUCAAUAUCAAACCCACAUACUCCUACCGUAGAACCAACGCCAGACGCCUUAAAACAUCCUACUGUGUGCCGCCCACGAUAAAUUAAACCAAUAAACAUCUCUGCGCCGACCCCGCAGGCCCCCCAACACUAGCCAUGCCAAAGGAAACGCACACUUACACAACAUAUGCCGAGUUCCUCAACAACGUCCCUGUUUCAGAAGAUGAUAUCAAUUUCUUCUCAGGCAUCCCCUGCGCCAAACCGUUUCUGAACAACCCGUCCACGUAUCGCGUCAUCCCCUUCCACCCCCGUUUCGACAAAGGGGAGGAGGACACGACAGAUAGAUUCUUCAGCAAUGUCAUCAACACGCCCGAGACAGUCCCGCGACUGGUUGCUGUCAUGCGCAGACCGGAAUUGAACCCAGUGGCUGCAGCGCUGCUGGCUACUCCUGGGGCGCCUGGGAAGCAGCGGGACGAAAAGCUACCCACAGCACCGCCGACCACUAAACAAAAUUCAUUGCCAGCUGCAGAUCCAGACUUCCUUCUCCUCCUAGAGCUAGGGCCGUCGCUAAGUGGGUUCCGCGACACCGUUCAUGGCGGUGUCUUAGCUACGUUACUUGACGAAACUCUCAGUAACUGCGUCGAGGCCUUUAGGCAGGAUAUGCCUGUCAGUGGUGGGGAGGACAGGCCGCGUCUAUACACUGCAAAACUGCAGGUUUCUUUCCGAGCGCCUGUGGAGACUCCUGGGGUAAUCAUUGUUAAGGCAUGGUUCAAGGGGGUGGAGGGUAGGAAGUGGUUUUUGGAGGGUCAGGUUGUUGGAGAGGAUGGGAAGGUCAAGGUGGAGGCGGAGUCUUUAUGGGUUAUGGAGAGGACGACGAGAGGGAAGGAUGCUGCCCGGUUGUAGGUGGUUAGGGCGGGUUUCGAUAUAAUGGUGACAGCGAAAAAUGUGAUAAAUAAAAGGACAACGGCUUUAUAGAUUAUUGACUAGGUGAUAGAAGGGCUACAAAAGGUACGCACACACCGCUAAAAGUUGGAUGAUAUGUAUAGAUUAGAUGUUUUGGGAUAGAAAUUGAGAAUAUGCGUACGUUAUACAAUAGAAUAAUAUAUCAUACAUCAAUGGACAUCUUUUCUCGAAGUUCAUAUCCAUA